UCCACUAUACACACGACUCUCCCACUAAACAGGUUACGUGUAGUUAUCGCGAUUCCCCCAAAUCGCACUGCCGUAUUUUAGUAGCUAGUGUGCAAUCGAACAGGCUGGAGCCUUGUUUUUUUUCUCGGCUAGAUAACGAUACGCGAAGUAUCCAUUUUGAAAACGAAAGUGACAGAGGAUCAAAAUACACAAUGACGGUCGACUGUGAGAUUCGUUAUGACGGCAAUCCGGAGGGAAUCUUUUUUGUCGGUCAAACCUUGACCGGAACUGCAGUGCUGCAACUGAGUGAAACGGAAACAGUGAAUGGAGUUAGCGUUAAAAUCGAGGGCUUUACUGUUGUCAGCUGGAGAGGCAAACGUCACCCCCACGGACACAAACACCAUGCCAAGCAAUUCAGUGGACGAGAAGAGUACCUCAACGCACUCACUUACGUUGUUGGCGGUCCGAAUGGACCCGUAUUGGAGAUACCACCGGGUUCACAUACGUUUAAAUUCGCCUGCCCACUCCCGGUAACACUACCGACAUCAUUCGAAGGUCAGUUUGGGCACGUUCGCUAUACGAUUACCGUCGUAGUCGAGAGACCAACUUAUCAGAAUACCAGCCACCGUGAGGGAUUAACUGUACUUCGGCAAGUUAAUCUGAACGAUGAACCCUCAUUGUGGGACGCUAAGAAACUCGAAUUGAGCAAACAAUUCGGUUGGUGGAUAUUCAAGUCGGACCCUUUAGAUAUUAGUGUGGAAGUUCCGUCCACUGGAUACGUCCCAGGUCAACACAUACCCGUUUUAGUGCAGUGGAACAACGGUAGCAGUGUCAUCAUCAACGGGAUUCGAAUUAAACUGUACAAAAACGAAACGUACUCUGCAAAGGAUCCUUUCGAAAAAUCACGAACAGAUACGCAGUGUAUAGCAAAAGUUGAAAAUCGAGAUGCACACGCUCAAGGUCGGAUCAAGUUCGAGAGGAACCUUCCAAUACCGUCUACACCACCUAGCAGUGUCAGUCCUAUGAUCACAAUCUCCUACGAAUUAGUGGUUUAUAUUCACAUUUCAUCAGGAGAAAUUCCAGAGUUCAAUGUGCCCAUCACAAUUGGAACAAUCCCACUUACUGGACUACCGCCGAUAAGAAGGCCGGAAAAUCCAUCCGAACAUCCAUCCCCACAGGCUCCUGCGUAUGGUUUCAACAUAGCAGGAAUACCUUCUGAUUAUCCACCCAACAAAUCCGGUGCACCUUCGACAUCUGCAACUAUCCCUUCUAACCAAGCCCCUGCAACUGCGAUGUCUACGGCACCGGGAGAGCUUCCACCACCCUCAUACGAGGAAGCGAUGAGUACAGCAACCACUGAUUCACAGCAGGAUGAGGAGUCCAACCAGAUUGGAUUUAACAAACCAUUUGUUCCAAAAUAUCCAGUGUAUAAAUUUGAUGGUCCCGGGGGCCCAAGCAAGGAAUAAAUUUCGUCACAUUCCUAUUUAAUUUUUGCAUGAAAACAAUACUGUUGAUAAUAAAAUAAUAAAAAC